AUGUCAUGUGCCGCGCUGCGCGUCGUCAACGGCGUCGUUGGCGGGAGGAGGGAGCAGGACGCGGGGGAGCGGCUGCUCGACCGGCUGCUGCGGGCGGCUCCCACGGCGGAGGUGAUACCCCCCACACUCACGGAUCUCCUCCCGCUGCUCGAUCGGCGCGUGACCGCGGGCGCCGGGUUCCUGUGGGUGGACUGCGGCUACACCAGCAGCGACGAAGGCUCGCUGCUCACUGCCCCGGCCCAUCGUCGCACGCCGCGGUACCUCGGCAGUGACGCGUUGGGGUGGUACGGCGGCGGCUUUCUGCCCGCACUAAUUCAGCUGCUGUUGCUGCGUGAAGAGGUAGGCGUCCCCAGCACCGCCGCCGUCCUCGAGGCCGCGGCCGCCUCGUUUGACGAGCUGCGUCUGUGCUGGUUUGCCGUGCGUGCCCUUGACGCGCCUGUGGUGGAUUUGGUGGCGCCUUUUGUCUCCAACUUUGCGGCGCGUGGCGCAUCGCACGACGGGCCUUCGGGGGUUGCCGCCGCCUCCUCGGAAGCAUUGCAGCCCUUGCCCAUUCGCGACGUCCGCGGCUUUGUGGAGCACGUCGAGCGCGUUGCGGUGACACCCUCCUUUAGCCGGGCGCGCGAGCACCUCUCGCACGUCUUUUGGUUCACACUGCGGGGGGUGUCGUACGUUGUGUGCGUCGUGCAUGAGGCGCACACGGAGGUCUUUACCAAAGUCCUUACCUCCCCAGGCAGCCUCUGCGGGCCGCACGACCAUCCCCUGUCUUUCCUGCACUGCAUGCAGGCGGUCAAGCUCGGGUUGUGGCGCUGCGCAGCCGUGCCGCGGACGCCACGCGGUGCUGCGGAACCCCGCUGCGAAUGGUGCGUCCGCGUGGGCAGUCAUCAGUGGGAGGACCCGCUCGACGCCGUGUCGAUGCUGCAACGCCUGCAGGACAUCCCGCCAUUCGGCGCCUCCGCCGUGGCGCCGCCAGCUGGCUUUGGCGCUGCCGCCGCUGAGUCAAGGCACGGGGCCGCGCAGGAGGAGCUGCAACCAACGCAGCGGCGGCGCACCAGUGUGCGGCGAAUUACCCCCGUAGAAGCCCAAACCUCACGCCUGCCCUCCGCAGCAGCCACCGUGCGAGACGACGGCCUGUCUGCCAGCUCACGUGUGCGAUCGCCGUGUGAAUCCCGGUGCACGUCAUGGAUCUCCUCAGAGGCGGGACUGCCGUAUGCCCCUCCGCCAGCACUCCACCUCGGCGUCGUGCAUAUGCGCGAGCAGCUUGUCGCGGAAAAGGAGCAACUGCGGCAAGAGGCAGCGGAGGCACAACGUGCGACGGCGCGUCACGCGCACCUGCGGUGUGAGGAGCGCACGCUGCAGGAGGAGGCGGCCAGCCUGCGGAAGCGCCUUGCCUCGCUGCGCCACGAUCAUGCGGCCGAGGAGAAUGGCAUGCGUCAUGCCAGCGGUGGCGGCCCUGCUGCAGGUGCUGUCGAGCACCUGCAGCAGGAAGCAGAGAAGGAACCGAGGCCGACGGGGCGGUUGCUGCAGUUUACCCCACAAGAGAUUGAGGCACAUUACGAAACUGUGAGGGAGCAAUUACGCCGCAACCACCAGUCGCAGCUGUCGGUGCUGGCUAAGCAGCAGCAGGAGGAAGAGGCGGCGGUGGAGCGCUUCUGCGCGGAGCAGGCGGCGCGGCGCCACCGCGAGGCCGCGGCAUCGCGCGAAGAACUGCGGCAGAUUCAAGACGAUAUCGCUGCUGCCGCGAGAGGGCUGCGGUGCCUUGAGGCGGAUGCGGCAAGGGGGCCCCGCACGCCAACGCCGCACCGGCGGAGGAGCGACACCGCAGUAGAAACUCCGUGUGCACUGCAAAUGGAGGAGGAAGAGGGGGCGGCGGGAACGGCGACGCCGCUGCUCCAGAAGGAGCAGGACGAAUUAGAGCGCUUGGAAACGGAGGCGGAGCUGCUGCAGGAAGGUGUGGACCGGGCGCGUGCGUCCGUUCAUCGUCUUGUUGUGAGUCUGCAUGAGGGACACGAACGCCGUGGAAGAGGGACGCCGCCGCGGGCGUCUGUUGCCGCCUAUAAUAAGUCGUGGCAUGCUGCGUUGCGCUGCAGCGCACAGCGAACUCUACUGGCAACUGAGAGGCUCUGCCGUGCCCGCAUUGAGCGGGAGUACAGCCAGCGUCUACUGGCCGUCUGCAAGCAAUGGCACGAUGAGCUGGAUUGUGUGGCGUUGCACUCGCCUUUAACGACGGCGUUGCAUGCCGCACGCGCAAAGUAUGCGACGCUGCAGGCGGAGUGGGAGACGGCGCAGCACACGCAGAUGCACCGGCAGCAUGCGGCGGAGCGGGAACUGGACACAGUCCGGGAGUCACACGCGGAGCUGUGGCGUGAGGUUCAGGCGCUGCGGGAACAACGCAGCAGACUCCCGGGCGAGCAGCGUCGCGUCGUUGCGGAACUGCAGCAGCAGCUCCAGGGCGAGGCCGCGACGGUGCUGCGCCGCAUCACGGCCGUGGUGGCUGCUCUCGCGCGGGAAAGUCUUGGGGAGUCGAACGAACGUCGCGACGGACGCGAGUGUGAUGUGCGUCGGGCGCUGGAGACGGCACUGGCGGCGGGUUGCCACCGCGCCCCACGACAGCCCCGGCAAACGCCAGACCGAGAGGCGUGGGGCGUUGUUCAGGGGGAGACGCGCAAGCCCUUUUUGGCGGCAGAUCUGGCACUGAUGCGUGAGACGUGUGAGGCGUACAAGGCACUGUGUGCGGGUGUGUUGGAGCGACACCGGCUGGAGGCGGAGGUGCGCCGCCUGUCCGGCGCGUGUGAUGCGGUGGCGCCGACGCUGUCCGCAGAGCGGCACGGCGUGGGGCCUCGGCAGCAGAGCCGGCCGCAGUUGGCCGCGGUGGCGGCUGCGCCCGCGGAGGGCGGGGAGAGACACUAG